UCUAUGUCAAUAUAGGAUUUCAAAGACGUUAUACCUUCGCCUCAUGUCUUUCUUUUGAUUGAAUCAAAACUGUCCCGACAACUAUGUCAUAUCCUCAAUGUAUACCAAGUCGUGAAACUAGCGGAUAUAUAUAACAAGAACACAGCAUGUUGGUGUAAAACAAGGAUAUGUGCUGGGCCCGGAUGCGAGAAAAUGUGGUGAAUAAGUUAUGUUAUUACUCAGCCUACACCUGUCCAGUUGAUUUGUGAUUUCAUUAUUGGAUGGAUGUUACUACCUAGUAAAUCAGCGAGAAACUUUCAUACAAUGACAAGGGAGUGACACAAUGGUCAACAGAUACGCCGUGUGCAUCUGCGCUGUCGUGCUCAUAUGUUUUGGCUGUCAAUCUGAAGCAGGUGGCGAAAGAACUAACCCACCGUCAGACUGUAAGACUUUCAAGGUGAUCUCGAUCAAAGUCAACAUCGCCCCAGGGGAGUUAAUUGAGAGUUGUUCAGACACUUCUCGUCUCACUUUCACUCUUGAAGAUUCGGAUUCAUCGAAAUACUUUCGAGUUGAUACGAAGCCUGGCGACUUGCGAUUGUAUCUGUUGUCGUCACUGGAUUCGUUGAACAAAUCUGUCUUGACUAUCAAAAUCAAUGGCGUGGAUGGCCAGAGUAAAAUACAGAAGUCGGUACAAUUCGACAUUCAGCUUGAAGGUGCAAUAAAAAAGGAAAUAAAACUCUUCACUGAUCCCCCGAAUUCGUUGUUUGAAAACGGAACAUACGUUGAGAUCGUGUGUGAAGCUGACCAGUUCUCGGACCCGUCGUUCACGUGGGCUUUAUCCGGUCGGGAUGUGACCCUUGGCCUCACCGAUCGUUUCCGGGUCAAUUACACAACACGAGGGAGCAAGAGCAUUGGCGUGUUUAAGUUCAACCCAAUACUUCACAGAGAUGCCGGUCAGUUCAGUUGCAUUCUGACCGGAAGUGAGGGCAAUGUCCGGGUCAGGCAGGACCGGACACUUGGUCUCCACGUGGUCAGUAAACCCCACGUGGUUGCGAGACCUCCGUCCGUGUAUGUCCGAGGAGACACAGCUGUGAACCUGACCUGUGUCCAAGACGACCCCCCGGACACGAAGGUAGAGGUGAGAUGGUACAGGCUAAUAGGCGGGAAGAGGUCAAGGUUGUCGGUCAGCAAAGGUCUAGUGUCGAGGGAGGCGUAUACUGUCCAAGGACUGGUGGGCGACACGGAGUACGUGUGUGAGGGGUUCAACAACAUGGGGCAGCAUUACAGCAACGUUGUCAAAGUACACCAGCUUACACCAGGUAUGAGCACGUGUCAGGGAGAAGUGGACGGUUCUGGCAUUGUUUGGCUGGAGACACCGGUUGGAGAAAGCAUAAUGUCAGAUUGUCCCAGGAAACUACAAGGAACGUCUUCACGACGUUGCAAUAUUCUUGGUCAGUGGGACAAUGCCGACUACGACACGAACUGCCGUCAGAUUACACUAGACAUUGCCCUUCAAACUGCGAUACAGGCAAAAGAAGGGGUGUUAAAAGGCUCCCUUGGCGACGUCCUGGAGGACCUGCAGGCUGCUAACGACACGGAACUGCUGACGUCUAACGACAUUGAUGUCAUCUUGGAAGUGCUGGAGAUCAUUGCAGAGGGAUAUAUCCAAGGAGAAGGGGGACGUAGCGUGGAACCAGAUGACGUUAAGAAAAUGGUCACAGUUGUAGAUGCUGUAUUAAGUGUUGAUAAUGAGAAGUGGAAAAAGCUCAAUGCACAAAAGAAGCGUGGCCCUAAGUCACUGUUGUGGUCAGUUGACACAAUACUGCAACUCGCCGCCAAGAGGGCAGCUACACAGGAUUCAUCCGGGGCGGACUUCAACGUCACCAUCAGCACAGAGAAUAUAUUUGUGCAGAUUGGAAGAGUACGAGAUGAGAAGGUCAGCUUCCCAGAGAUGGAGAUUAAUCGCAUCUCCUGGGUGAGCGAGAGAAGUUCCUCGGCAAGGAUGCAGCAGGAGUCCUUCCAAAACAUGCGACAUGAUCGGGCCUGGUUCAGUGGUGUGAUCUAUCGGUCUCUCAGUGCCUUGAUGCAAGGACAGGUGCUGGGGAAUGUCACCAUGGAAAGCAGGUCACUCGUCAGUGAGGACAUAGCGGACAUGUCAGCGUCGGGGAAACAGCAACCACCCACAGGGGACGUGGUCUCCAGGGUCAUGUCCUUCAACGUGUACCCCCGGCCGGUCAGCCUCACCCCACCGCUGUAUCUCUCCAUGCAAGUCAAUAGAAUGAACUCCCAACCAGUGUGCAGCUUCCUCGACUAUAGCGAGUCGCAACGGUACUCCCGCUCUGGGGUUUGGGCUACAAAGGGAUGCUGGGAAAUGUCACGUGAUGAUCACGUCAUAGUGUGUGGCUGUAAUCACACCACCAACUUUGCUAUUCUCAUGAGCCCAGUGGAUACAGACAUCGGAGAACACGGCUUUGUGCUGGAGAUGAUAUCUCUAGUCGGGUGCUGUACAUCCCUCUUCUUCCUGCUGCUAACAAUCAUCAUCUACUGCAUGGUCUGGAGGUAUAUGGUGAAGACGCAGGUGUCACGGAUCAAGUCCAUACUGCUGAUGCACCUGUGCGCGACUCUUAUCAUCAGCUACACGCUAUUCCUGGCCGGGGCCAACUACACUGAUAACAAGGACGUGUGUACUGCCGUGGCGGCACUGCUUCACUACUUCUUCCUGGUGGUGUUCUGCGUGAUGCUGGCUCAGGGGAUCCAACUCUUCAUCUCCAUCGUCAUCGUCAUCAACUUCACCUCCUACCUCAAGGCCCUCCUCAUCACCAUCUGGGUCCCGCCUGCAGUCAUUGUGGGAAUCACCCUGGGUACCGUGAAGCUGGACGGGUAUCGGGGCCUGAAGUAUUGCUGGUUAUCAACAGAGAGGCAUAUCAUAUGGGCAUUCGUUGGUCCCGCUCUCUUCAUAAUUGUGGUAAACACGUUUAUUCUGAUUCUCUCAGUAAGAAAGAUGAUUACAAGGAAAACGUGGGAUGACAACGUACUGAGCCAGGGAAAGUAUUUGGCCCGUGCUCUUGGCGUUAUCCUGCCAAUCAUUGGUAUUACGUGGGUACUUGGGGUAUUCUCCAUCAACAGAGAGGUGGUUGUCUUCCAGUACCUGUUUGCAAUCUGUAACUCGCUCCAGGGGCUCUUCAUCUUCAUCUUCCACUGCUGUACCACCAACGUGACGAAUUCGUUUAGAGAGAUGAGAAACCGAUUCAAGCGGAACUCUAUGUCAAAGUCUACCUUGAGAUCCAAGUCCCAGAAUACAUUAAACAGUUCCACGUCCAAGUCCAUCAAGUCCUACAAGUCCAAUUAUACACUGAGCCUGACGACAGCAGCUUUCAGAUCAGAUAGAGACGGCAUAGACAACAAAGAAUUUCUGUCAAGUGGUAUCGCUAAUUCAACAAGAUCAGGGUUCCAGUUUGCACGGACUAUAGCUCUGCCCAGCGUGUUCGACCAGAGCCUGGAGACGCCUACAGAGUACCUCAUACAGGGCGAUGCACGGAGUGACCAGGGCAGUAGCUCGCCCACGUCAGCACAGCAUGUGAAUAUUGGUUUCACUGAUAACACGAGGAAACGGCCACGGGUUUCAUUUUCUGUUGACUAUGCAGAAGUGAUUGGUUUCCAGGAAGACUUUGAGUCAUCUCCGGAUCCGGGCGAAGGAAGGCGACGAAUACACCACCAUCCCAACAUGGAGGAAGUCCCGGAAAGUGAUAUUGAGCGGGCGCUAAGGAUUCGCAGGAAGCCAAUCGAUCAGAUGUAUAAUGUGAUGAGCGCCUUUAAAGACAGGCGCAAAACUGUAACGGAGGAAAUGGGGAAGCCUCUCACUGCUCGAGGGAGAUGGAGGUCAGCGUAUGACGCAAUACAACGGGCUAAAACGUUCCAGAUAUCGUCUACUUUUGGCGGAGGACGUAACGUGACAUCACAAUAUUCAUAGACCUGAGCAAUGCACCGAUUGUAUACAACAUGUACAGAUCACUGUCAAUUGAAUUCAGCACCUAUCGCAUGUAUAUUUGUACAGAGGUGAUGUGAAUAUAGAUCCUCAAAACAGAACAUUGGUGUUGUAACAAACUACAGCAUCACGAACCAUUCAUAUAUGGAUGUUUAUUUGAAAAAAGCUGUUGGCGAUGUUCCAAUCGCUUGUGUACCCAACCAAUAUAUUAUUGUACACUUAUUUCUUUCAACACAGAACCCAGUUCAUGUAUCCGAUUACAUGUAAUUUGACUGGUCCCUGAUUCCGAAUACUACUGCGCUGCUUUCAGUGGAAUAAGGUUAUUAGACUAGUCGGAGACUGGAUUUGUGCAGUACUGUAGCUGCUAUUCAAAUAUGAAACGUGCCUACUACGACAUGCGUGGUUGAUGAUGGUACCCCUCUGUGUCUCGUUUCAUGAGGGUCAGUUGCUGAUACAUCAUUAAGGUGAAUAAAGAUCUUGAAAAACGAAAA